UUUUUUUUUUUAUUUAUACAGUUUUUGUCUUUAUUGCAGAGAAAAGUUAAAUAAGAAUUUUGUUAUUAGUUUAACGAAUAUUGACAAAAUGAAAUAAACACGUUCAAUACUCUAUUAAAAGUGGUUUAUACGUACAAUUCUAAAGAUAAUUCCUUAAAUGUUAAUAUCAGCUUUCCUGUUAUUAAUUUACGUACAUAAGAAAAUAAGAUAAUACAAAUAGAAAUCUAAUAAAGAGAAAGUCUAAUAUGUAUCCAAAAAAAUAGAUUAUGAAGUUCAAAAGUCUAUAAUCUAUUUUUGCCUUUUCUGCGUGAUACUACCAUGCUUAUAUUUUUUUACAUAUCUGUUUGCUGACCUUAUCAAUUACACUGGAUAAAACAGAGUAUUUAUAAUUUCCAAUAAAACCAGAUACAUACAUCAUAUGACAAGAAGUCAUUGCCUACUUUAUUUUGUUAUUUUUUUGAUGCAAACAAAGAAUAUCUGUAUAAGUAACUUGGAAGUAUGAUGAAAGUACAUAUGAAAAUAACUGUGAUAUUAAUCGUAUAACAUUCGUUGCCUUUUUUUUAUAAACAUUAACUUUUACAAACGGCAUUUAUUUUGAUAAAUCUAAAUAUAAAUUUAAUAAAUUGGUUCGACUUUAAUAAUAAUUUCUAUCAUGUCACUAUCAUCAUCUUUAUUUGUAGGACGACAAAUUUUAAAUCACUGUAAUCAGUUUCUUAGAAAAAACCAGCUAAUAAUAAAAGAACAAUUACGAUAUUUGAAUCUUCAUGAAAAUAUUGCAUACAGUCUUUUAAAAGAAGCUGGAAUUCCAACACCACCAUUUGGAGUGGCUAAAACACCUGAUGAAGCUGCUAAAAUAGCUACUGAACUAAAGUCACAAGAUUUGGUUGUAAAAGCACAAGUACUUACUGGUGGGAGAGGGAAGGGUCAUUUUCAAAAUACUGAUGUUAGUGGAGUUGUUAUGUGUGAAUCUGCUGAGAAAGUAAAGCAAAUAUCAGAAAUUAUGAUCGGAAAAUUAUUGAUUACUAAACAAACAGGAGCUGCUGGAAGAAUUUGUAAUUCAGUGAUGGUGACAACACGCAUGUUUCCACGAAAAGAAUAUUAUCUUUCAAUAAUGUUGGAGCGUACUUUUAAUGGAAUUGUUAUGAUAGCAUCUAGUAAAGGUGGGGUAAAUAUUGAAGAAAUUGCUGCUACUGAUCCUGAAGCUCUCCUUUAUGUACCAGUUGACAUAAUUAAAGGUCUAACAUCAGAACAGAUAAAUUGUAUUAUUCAGAAAUUGGGUGUUAAAGGAAAAGGCAAAGAUAUUAUAUCGCAUAUUAUUUGUAAUCUUUAUGAAUUAUUUCUUGAAACAGAUGCUCUAUUAAUUGAAAUUAAUCCACUUGCAGAAGAUAUUUGCGGUGAAUAUUAUGCUUUAGAUUGCAAAUGUAAUUUUGAUGAUAGUUCUAAGUUUAGACAGAAAAAAUUAUUUGCUUUGGAAGAUUGGUCUCAAAAAGAUCCCAAUGAGGCACGAGCAAGAAAGUUUGACUUAAAUUAUAUUCAAUUAGAUGGAAUUGUUGGUUGUAUGGUAAAUGGUGCAGGUUUAGCAAUGGCAACAAUGGAUCUUAUAUCUUUUCAUGGUGUUAGACCAGCUAAUUUUUUAGACGUAGGUGGUAGUGCCACAAAAGAGAAUAUUAUAGAAGCAUUUACAAUAAUAACUACAGAUCCAAAGGUUUUAGCCAUUUUUGUUAAUAUAUUUGGUGGUAUUAUGAGAUGUGAUAUCAUUGCAGAAGGAAUCAUCGCAGCUACUAAAGAAUUGCAAACAAAUAUUCCUAUAAUCGUCAGAUUGGAGAAAGAAACGUCAAGAAAGGCGGGGACACAAUGGCGAAACCAGCAUUUGGUGGCAGUCUAUUGCCAACACUUUACCAAGAUGGCUACAAUGUUGUCUCGAACGAUUUCACUCGCAGAGUGUCUUACCCGAUUAAAUGGUUCCAAGAUUUUAGCCUGCAAAAGUAAUUUGAAACAAACAAUAAGAAAUCUAAAUGUACAUGAACACAUCAGUUAUAGUUUACUUAAUGAAGCUGGUGUACCUACACCAAAAUUUGGUGUUGCAAAGACGCCAGAUGAAGCAGGAAAACUUGCAGCUGACUUGAAAACAAAAGAUAUUGUCUUAAAAGCUCAAGUACUUGCAGGAGGUAGAGGUAAAGGACACUUUAAAGAUUCCAAUAUUAGUGGUGUAAAGAUGUGCGAAACACCAGAAGAAGCAAAAGCAUUAGCAAGUCAAAUGUUAGGUAAAUUACUAAUUACAAAACAAACUGGCGAAGGAGGUAGAAUAUGUAAUGCUGUUAUGGUAACACAACGUAUGUUCCCCCGUAAAGAAUAUUAUUUAGCAGUGAUGAUGGAACGUGCCUUUGGUGGUCCUGUUAUAAUAGCAUCUAGCCAAGGUGGAGUAAAUAUUGAGGAAGUAGCUGCAACAAAUCCUAGUGCCAUAAUGUAUGAACCCAUUGAUAUUAAUAAAGGUAUAACCAAGGAGCAAGCAGAGCGUAUUGUCACAAAACUUGGUCUUCAAAAUGUAAAAGAUUAUAUUUCCAAAAUUAUCAUGAAUCUUUAUCAAAUGUUUCUCAAGAAGGAUGCUCUUCUUUUAGAAGUAAAUCCUCUUGCUGAAGAUAUUAAUGGAAAUUAUUUUGCGUUAGAUUGUAAAUGUAGAUUCGAUGAUAAUGCCGAAUUCAGACAAAAACAAUUAUUUGGAUUAAGAGAUUGGACUCAGGAAGAUUCUAAAGAAGUAGAAGCAGCCAAAUUUGAUUUGAAUUACAUUGCACUUGAUGGAAAUAUUGGUUGUAUGGUUAAUGGAGCUGGAUUAGCUAUGGCUACUAUGGAUAUUAUUAAAUUACAUGGAGGCGAACCUGCUAAUUUUCUUGACGUUGGCGGUGGUGCAACUACCAGUGCCGUAAAAGAGGCAUUUAAAAUCAUCACUUCUGAUUCAAGAGUGCAUGCUCUUUUAGUUAAUAUCUUUGGUGGUAUUAUGAGAUGUGAUGUUAUCGCAGAGGGUAUUAUUGCUGCAACGAAGGAACUUAGUCUUAAAAUUCCUGUUGUUGUUCGAUUGCAGGGAACCAAUGUUGACGAGGCUAAAGCUUUGAUUGCAAAUGCAGGAUUAAAAAUCGUUCCAAUUGAUGACCUCGAUGAAGCUGCUCGUGUCGCAGUAAAAUUAUCGACCAUUGUUAAACUAGCACAGUCUGAAAAUCUUAGUGUCAAUUUUGAGAUUCCCGCAAUUUCAUAAUUUUAGUAAUGAAUAUAAAAUUUAUAUAUCAGCAAAAUCAUUACUGAUAUCUGUUCAAAUAUUGUCAAAUGGUUUCGAAGAACGUUUGAAAGUAAUAUCUGUAGUAAUAACUUCUCAAAUCACUUUUAUUAUAUACUAUUUAAAAAGUGACGCUUUAAGCAAUUAAAUCAAUUUAUUAAGUAAAUUUAUAAAAUCAUUUUGGGAUAAUUUGAAAAGAGAAAAAAAAAACUAUUAUUAUUACUUAUUAUUUUAAAACUUAUUAUUACUUUGAAGAGAGUUCUAUUUAAUGACGUGUUCUAUUUUAUAAAUGGCGAACUUUAUUUUUUCUUUUUUAAGACAGGCACAAUUUCUUUAAUAGAUUAACAUAUGAAGAUAAGUAUGGAUAUAAUUUAUUGUUUACUCUUUAGCAGGGUUCUGUGAUUCAGUAUUAAAAGUUAAGUUAUGUGUUACACACGUGUCAAUAUAUGAACUUACACGUGUGGUAUAUAUUGAUUUGUUCUAUGAAUAACGUAGCACAUGCUUAUUUAACUGGAGAUUAAAUUCAAAACAUACCAUUAGAAUAUAUAUAUAUAUAUAUAUAUACACAUACACACACAUACAUAUAUAUAUAUAUGUACAUAUAUAUAUAUGUAUUAUACAUGUAUAGCAUGUGCGUUGCAUAUAUUACAUAUACGCGCGUGCACGAUCAAGUGUACAAAUUUCUUUAUUACUUUAUGUUGUUUUAGUUCAUUUUAUGAUUUAUGAAAUUAUUUUUAUUAAUUAUUUCUUAUACUACAACAUAAUAGAAUGUGUGAAAUAAUAUAAUAUUUACAUAUAUUUUACAUGUAUAUUGAAUUUAUUUUUUACAUCUGUUUAUAUAUAUUUUCGAAAUAAUACAUUUUGUCCAUUUUUUAAAGAAAUGCGCAAAUAUGCAGUGUACAUCAUUACAAUGUUGCUUACUUAUUCAUUUAAUUUAUGUGUAGAUGUUAUUGAAAAUUAUUAAUAAUACUAAUUUGUAAAAAGGACAAUGUCAAAAUGCCUCAUUUGAUAUAAAUCCACAAUAGUUUUCUUAUAACGAGUGCGUGUGAUAUUAAAGAAAUAAAUUCGUCAAAAUAAAUACGUCAAAUAGUUAUAAAACAUACUAUUUUUACUGAAUUUUAUAUAUAUAUACAUAUAUAUAUAUAUAUGUAUGUAUAUAUAUAUGUAUAUAUAAUAUAACAUAAACUGCCUAAUGCUUGUUUAAGUAUACCAAGUUAAUUUAAUUUUAAUCAAUUAACUGUAUCGAUAUACGCAAUUAUAUUAAAUCGAUAGUAAGAAUGUAAAUUUGUAUAAAUAUAUAAGUUGUCUUUCUUUAUAUUUUAUUUCGAUAGGAAAUUACUGUAUAUUAUUAAUUACUAUUAUUAAUUAUUAUAUAUUAUUAAUUUUGUUUGUGCAUAUAUAUAUAUAUAUGCGUCUUUAUUAAUAUGACGAAUAGUUUAUUGUGAUAAUAUUCAAGGAAAAUACAAUUAUAGGAAGAUUGAUUAAAAAAUAAGGUCAAUUUGUCCAUAAUUGUGCGCGUUAAUAUGUAUGAAAUAAUCUAAAAGUGCACAUUAAUAUGUAUGAAAGUUCAACUUGAAUAAACACAUUAAUAUUACGCCAUCUAA